AUGUUGCUUCAUAGGCCCUCUAGUAGCUUAAGAAGUGGACUCUCGCUACUGAAAUGUGCGUUUCCGAUAAAAUUUGGUAGACAUGUCACUGGUCCACUACAGAACGGACGAUCAUUUCAUAGUAACUUCAAGCUGCAAUCUACUUAUGAAGAAGAAGCAGUAGUCUUGAGUCAGAUCGCAAAAACACUCGAACCCGCAGAUGUGAAAGCAGCCAGUAUUCUGCGUAACAUCGGUAUAUCUGCGCAUAUUGAUUCAGGAAAGACCACAUUCACUGAGCGUGUUUUAUACUACACUGGAAGGAUCAAAGCCAUUCAUGAAGUCAGAGGACGUGAUAAUGUUGGUGCCAAGAUGGAUUCCAUGGAUUUGGAGAGAGAGAAAGGUAUUACUAUUCAAUCAGCCGCUACAUACUGCUCUUGGGAAAAGGAUGGAGCACACUUACAUUUCAAUCUGAUUGAUACGCCUGGUCACAUCGAUUUUACGAUUGAGGUUGAACGUGCAUUGCGAGUUUUAGAUGGUGCUGUAUUGGUUGUAUGUGCAGUUUCUGGUGUACAAUCUCAAACGGUCACGGUUGAUCGUCAAAUGCGUAGGUAUAACAUCCCCAGAGUCACCUUCAUAAAUAAGAUGGACCGUAUGGGUGCUGAUCCUUUUAAGGCUAUUUCCCAAAUCAAUUCCAAACUGAAAAUCCCCGCUGCUGCUGUUCAAGUUCCAAUUGGUGCUGAAUCAGAUUUGGAAGGUAUUGUGGACAUCAUCGAUCGUGUUGCACUGUAUAACAAAGGUGAUAAUGGUGAGAACAUUGUGAAAGGACCUAUUCCAAAUGAUUUGAAAGAAUUAGUUGAAGAGAAAAGACAACUUUUGAUAGAAACAUUAGCUGAUGUAGAUGAUGAGAUCGCAGAACUAUUUUUGGACGAAAAGGAACCCACCAAUGUCCAAAUCAAAGGUGCUAUUCGGAGAUCUACAAUAGCUAGAAAGUUCAGUCCAGUGUUAAUGGGUUCAGCUUUAGCUAACACUGGUAUUCAGCCAGUUUUAGAUGCGAUCGUUGACUAUUUACCUAAUCCUUCUGAGAUCCUAAAUACUGCCCUUGAUGUGGCUGACAAUGAAAAAAAGAUCAACUUGGUUCCAUCAAUUGAGCAGCCUUUUGUUGGCUUAGCGUUCAAACUUGAAGAAGGGCAGUACGGUCAACUAACCUAUAUUCGUGUCUAUCAAGGACGCAUGAGAAAAGGUAAUUAUAUUACAAAUGUCAAAACUGGCAAAAAAGUCAAAAUUUCCAGAUUGGUUAGAAUGCAUUCCAACGAAUUGGAAGAUGUUGAAGAAGUUGGCUCUGGUGAAAUCUGCGCUACAUUUGGAAUAGAGUGUUCCUCCGGUGAUACUUUCACAGAUGGAACAGUAGAUUAUUCAAUGUCUUCAAUGUAUGUUCCAGAUGCUGUGGUUUCUUUAUCCAUCACUCCAAAAACAAAGGAUGCAGCUAACUUCUCCAAAGCUUUGAAUCGUUUUCAGAAAGAGGACCCAACAUUUAGGGUGAGAUUCGACGCUGAGUCCAAAGAGACAGUCAUCUCAGGUAUGGGUGAGCUCCAUUUAGAGAUCUAUGUCGAAAGAAUGAACCGUGAGUAUAACGUCGAGUGUACGACAGGUAAACCACAAGUCUCUUAUAGGGAGUCUAUCACUUUGCCAGCUGAUUUCGAUCAUACCCAUAAAAAGCAAUCUGGUGGUGCCGGUCAAUUCGGUAGAGUUAUUGGUACCUUGUCGCCAGUAGAAGAAGGAAACAAAGAAAACAUUUUUAAAACAGCUGUUGUAGGAGGUCGUAUACCUGAUAAAUACUUAGCAGCUUGUGGUAAGGGUUUUGAUGACUCUUGCGAGAAGGGUCCCUUGGUUGGACAUAAAGUAAUAGGUGUCAAGAUGUUGAUAAACGAUGGUGCCAUUCAUGCUGUCGAUUCUAAUGAACUAUCUUUUAAGACUGCUGCAAUGGCUGCCUUCCGUGAAGCAUUUUUGAAUGCAAAUCCUGUUGUAUUGGAACCUAUAAUGACAGUUUCGGUUACUUCACCAAAUGAAUUUCAAGGAAAUGUCAUCGGAUCAUUAAACAAAUUACAAGCAGUGAUUCAGGAUACGGAGAAUGGUCAUGACGAAUUCACUAUCAAAGCAGAAUGUCCGUUGAGUAAUCUCUUCGGGUACGCAACCUCUUUGAGAGCUUCUACUCAAGGCAAAGGUGAGUUCUCUUUAGAGUUCAGUCACUAUGCUCCAACCGCACCCCAUGUUCAGAAAGCAUUGAUUGCAGAAUUUGUCAAAAAACAACAGCAAAACAAAUAA